CACCCAACCACCAUGCACUCUUGGCAUAGAUCAUUGACUCUGUACGACUGAACGCAGCUCGUCUUAGAUUUCUCUCUCGUAUCAGUCAUUCUCUUGUUCAACAAAAUGGAAGAUUCUCUGUCCAACGUGGCUUCGUCAUGCGCAGACCAGCUCAAUUCUUACCAGCGCUGCAUCCUGGCCAAUCAAUCGAAUCACGGCGAGGCUUGCGCAGAGCAAAAGACGGCUCUAGCCAUCUGCGCAGCGGACAGCGUUCCUCUUGUAAGAGCGGUCAAGACGCGAUGCGGACCCGCCAUCAAGGGAUAUGAUGCUUGUCUUGCAAAACACGAAAAGAGCGACGAUCAGACAGUGACGAGGGAAUGCACGCCUUACCUCAAGAGGCUUUAUGAGUGCACAGAAGCUGUCAAGAGGGAUGAGGACAUCAAGGCUGGCAAAGGACCAGCUGCUCACAGCGUUGGCACGCUCAGCCUCGAGCAAGGCACAAAGUGAUCUGAUACCAGGCUCUUGUUUACCGCGUAACACUGGUGAUGUGCUAUUGCGCUCUUUAGCGGCUUCUUACACAGAGUCUGGAAGCCCCUGUGCAGCAAUGGGCGAAACAUAUCGAUCAGAUACUGCACCAUGGAAUUGGAAUUGGAUCGUCGCAACUUUUCUGGGGCGAGGGAGCAGAAGUCGGGCAUCGAUUUCUUCCUUGCAACAAGCGAGCUGUCACACUCACCACUCCCACUGCAGGUACAGGCAAGGGGGCGACAGCAAACCUCCAGCUACCUUGUCGCCGCUAUCAAAAUCCAUCGAUCGGCCGAAAAAAAAAAAAAAGCAUCGGAUGUUUGCGGUAUAUGUACAAUCGAAUUCCUGAGCAUGCGCCCGGGUUGGCUAGUACAGUG